CUGACAACAUCUACGACGCCGGAUUUAAGCCUUAAUUUGAGAGGGGAUUUGACAGAUCCUUUGUUCGACGUCAGAGGGCGUAAGAUGUCAAAUCUGUUCGAGCAAUAUCCGAAAAUACAAAGAAUAUACCCGGCGCCGCUGCAAGCCAACGCUGGACCUUUGACUCAGUGGGAGCUUAUAUUCUAUGGUACUGAAACACCUGCACAAGAAAGCGAUGUGUCCACUGAAAGUAACGUAAUCCGUGAGGAAGGACAAGCGGUUGAAGGUGGGUUCAAAGCAGGAGCGGAAGCGGGUACGGUCUCCAGCGGUUGCGCCACACUCACACAUCAACCGCCACAUCGCUGUUUAGGUUUGUUCUUACUACUCAUACUUUUCUGCGCGGCUGACGCUUUCACAGACAUUUAUUUAAGCAGACGACCGCGCAGAGAGUUAACACUAACAACUAGUAACAAACUACCGGUACGGUGUGAUAGACCACCAAGGGCACCAUGCUUGAACAACUCCGACCUGAUUCUGGCGCAAUAG